AUGAAAUACAAGAGUUCCGAUGAUGAGGUUGAGACCUUAAGCGAUAUUGAAUUUAAUGAUAGUGUUGUAAUGGAAAAGGGACGGAUAGUAGAAUGGUUAAAUCUUCCUCCAGAGUUGUGGACAAUGAUAGCCAAACAUCUAAUCACCCUAGACAACACUACAUUUGAAAUUCGCAGAUUUCGAAGUAUAUGUAAUACAUGGCGCUCCGCUCACCCUCUCCCGGAACACACGCCAUUUGCCAUUCCUCUCGGAAGAUCUUGCCUUCUCCAAAAGAAAAUAUAUGGUCUAAAACCAUUAUCACAUGAAUCUCACAUUGAUCAAGACCCGUCUAUUUCUUCUUCAAAAGGGUGGAUAAUAAUGUCGGAAUCCGUGCCACUUCCUCUCUUAAAUCCUUUCACCUGCUCUCCUAUCUCUAACACCCCUCAGAUUUUCUCAAGUGACACUUCGCCAAGGGUGUUGGAUAUCAUGAACUUCAAGGCUGUGGAGUUGUUUGAAGUAUUUAAUCUCUCUGGUAAUUAUGACUAUGACGUUCAAAAAGCGGUAUUGUUCCCUAGUUUUCAUGUGGAGGGUCGCAUGGUGUUUGCUUUAUUUCGUGGUAGAAAGUUGUGUGUUCGCAAGACUGGAGAUAUGAAGUGGACCAUGAUGAAAUUGGGUUGUUAUUGCUGCCAUGAUAUAAUCAUUCACAAGGGGAAACUUUAUGUUAUAAAUGACUUGGGAACAAUUUCUUGGAUGAAUCCUUCAUCCUUGAAGUUGGUACAGUUUACACAGCCAUUGUGGGGGUGGCCUAAUGGCAAGGAGAAGAAAAUGGUGGAGUGUGGUGGAAGUCUCUAUGUGGUUGAUAUGCCUAUUAAAGCGUUCUCUUUGAACGAGGAAGUUGAUAUUAAAGUUUACAAGGUCAAUGAAGAAUCAGGUAGAUGGGAAGUUGUGAAAAAUUUGGGUGAUGUUGUGAUUGUUUUGGGUAAUAAGUCGAAUUUUUCUCUGUCAGCUCAAGAUUACCAUGGUGCUGAAGGGAAUUGCAUCUACUUUUCUUACACUAAUUCUCGUGGAGUCAGGAUAUUCUGUUUCAGCUUAAAGGAUUACAUCUUAAAAACUCCUAAUCCUUUCUGGCCUUGUCCCAGUUUGUUCAGCCAUUGA